AUGUGCUGUCAGAGAUAUAGAACUUUACCAGUCGCUAGAAACAAUCUGAUUAGACAAGGCCAUCCUGUGAAGCCGGGACCAGGGCCCGACAAUGCAGCCAAGCGGAUAGCGUAUAGCGAAUGGACUCCACAAACGCAGAGGAAGUGCCUCAUGCGAGGACGCGCGGGAGAAGCUUCGAAUGCUUCGAUGCCAAGGCGUCACCCAGGUCCCGAGUCAGGCUUCUGCGGGUGCGGCGACAAUCUGAUUGUGCUGUGGCCACUAGGGUUGCAGAAGGCAGCGACAUGCAAGUGCGCGCAGGACCGCAAGUCAGUUUUCGGGUGGCUGAAAGCGAAAGCGGCGGUAGCGUGGUCUUUCGAGGCUGUUAUCCACGUGCGAUUUGGGCAGCUCGCAGCACACCCGCUGGGAUUCCUGUUGGAUGGUGUCGCUCACUUGCCAGGCCUGGCCAUUGUUGGGUGUAGGGUGAUGCAUCUUGGCCCGGGCAAGACUGGGAAACCACCCAGGACGGCUUCGAUUGUGGCUUGGAACUUAAAUCGCUGCGCUGAUUCGAGCGCUCUUGAUUAUGCACGAUGCGGCCCAUGGGCCAACCAAUCUGAGCUCUAA